CUGUUUUUUGCGUGUUGUAUGAAAUAAUUCUUCAUCCAACAGUGGUUUAGUCCAUCCCAAGACGUCAUAACGGAUGUGAAAAGCUAACACUAUAGUAUAUGACUAUACAUAUGUUCAGAAAUCAGCCACGCCAUUGCUUGGUCAGUCAAGCCUUAUCCAAGCCGACAAUGAGAGUGCUGCUUCUUCUAUCCCUGGUGGUGUGCUCAUGGAGUGCACCGCGGCAGCGGCCUCAACAAGUAACGCCAUCCCAAAUAGGUUGCCAAUAUGGAGGCAACUUUUACCCGGCCGGAUCCACCAUCAGUGAGGGUACAGACCAGUGCGGGUGUACGUACGGCACAUACUGUGACGAGGACUACGGUGUAAUCCAUGGGGACUGCUUCCAACACUGCUGUGUUUACGAGGGAAACGUCAUUGACCACGGUGACUCUUACACGGACAGCUCGGGAAGGCAGUGUCUGUGUGAAUUUGGACAGGCACUCUGUAUUGUUGUUCCGAAGCCAGGUUGCCAAUAUGGAGGCAGUUUUUACCCGCUCGGCUCUACCAUCAGUGAGGGUACGGACCAGUGCGGGUGUACCUACGGUACAUACUGUACACAGGACGGGCAUAUCGUAACUACAAACUGCUCGUGCAUCCUCUCCGGAUGAGUAAACAGAUGAAGAAGUUCCCUUCUCCAAUGUGUGCUCCACAACGUCUCAUGUUGGUGACAGAUCUGCCUAUCUACAUAUACAGAAUACUGGAGGCAAAAUCAAGCAAUAAAAUCACAACAAAGUAAUUAACUAUGAGAGUGACUGGCUGAAAUUGUUGUGUAUAAAGUUCCUGUACAACACUUUAGGCCACAGCAAGUAAAUUUUAUGGAUGGCAUCAUUCGCGGACUAUAAAACUAUUGCAAGAGGGC